AGAAUACGGAAAUGGUUUGUGUUAAUGGCGCUAUGAAUAGAGGUCCUUUACGUAAAAACACAUUUACGAAUAGUAGCUAGUUUACUGUGAUACACAUGUAGCGAAACAGAAACAGAAAUGGUGCUCUGCUUCCUAAUCCACACCGUAUGCCCUGUGGGCGUCCUAUCUGCUGGGGAGAGUCGGAUUCUGUAUUCACGCAUAUUCGGACAGGAGGAGCCCGUGUUGAGUGGGGAGGGCCGAGAGUUAACCCCCGAGCAGCGACGACUCGCUCAGAAGGAGAGACAUAACGUAGUAGCCAGGCAGGUGAGAAGUGCCGUUUGUCUAAGCAGGGAGGCGUCGGGCAGUGUGUGCGCGGAGGCUGUGCUAGGUGAAGAAACCGUGGCUCUCGGAGAAGCUGACAGUGGAGUGCUAUCUCUGGGCCCUGGGGAGCCGUUUGCUAGGCAGAGUGUUGCGCUGUGGUUGGGGGUGCAGGCCCUAGCCUUCACUCUGGUGUGUCAGCCAUAUGAGAACCUGCUACUUGCUGAAGGGACUCUACAUAAGCUUGCCCGCUACUGCCUGGAGGAACUCCGUCUGCUGGGGCUUGGCAGUGAGGUGCUGCUAAAGAGUGACCGAGUGGAUGCAUUGCUUCAGAGACUCCUUCCUCAUGGACAGCUCCUCUUCCUUAACCAUCGCUUUGCACAAAACAUGGACAAAGAGUUAUCCAGCUACAUGAGCAAAUGAAACAUUGGAUCUGAUGACAUUGUUAAUAUAAAUUUUAAUAAAUAUUUUGAGAAGUUUCAUAGUUGGCUUCUAAUUUCUUUUUGAAGACAUUGAAAGAAGCAUCUGUGCUCAAAUGGCAGUAUCCUUUGAUGCUAUGAGAGAUGCUGUGGCUGAUUUCGAGCCAUCAUUCUGGGUAUUUUUAAAGAAAUUCUAAAACAUUUUAUUUGACAGUAGGUCAAAUACAACUGAAACUUGAAGCAAUAAUACAGAAGACUAAUCUGAAAAAAAUCUCUACCCAAUAUUCAGGACUUUCCUAAUUCAGUAAACUUGGUUUUCACUUUUGUGAAUUGCAUGUGUGUCUAUGCUUGUAUUUGAGUGAGUGAAAGAUGAUGAGAAAAUCAUCUUAAUGUGUGUGAGCUUCUAAGUUAUGUUAUAUAGAGGAGCCAGUGGGUGGCACUGUUUUGUUGUCUUCUGGUCUCCUUGGGAAUAUCCCCUUGGUAGCAGUUACCAGGGUAACACUUUGUACCAAGUAAGGCUGUACUGUUUCAGAAUCUAAUAAAUGCAACGAUAAACACUU